UCCUCUCCAGCCCCUCUGUUUGGUCUCUAUCUAUAGCUCCUCCUUGGGCUCCACUUAUUCCUAUUUUAAGCUUGAGCAGCUGAUAUGACAGGCAGAAGCCUGUGUUUACUUCCCCAUCAGGUCCCAGGGGGAUCUGCGCACAGGCCCCUCACAGCUUCUGCAACAGCCACACACAGAGGACUCUGGUUCUAGGGAUGUCCAGUGACACUGGAGAAGACACCAUGGUGAAGGAUGCUGCUUCCUCCGAUAGGGAACUCAUUGAAAAUGGCAUGGCAGAUAUAAACUUGCAUGCGGUGGAGUCCAUCAGUGACUUGCAUUAUGCAUCCAGCGGACGUGAGAGUGCCAGGGUCUCAGAAGGGGGCAGCCCAUCUCAGCCCAACAGCCCAUGGACUCCUCACAGCACAUCCUCCAAACACUUCACUUUCCCAAACGAAGAGGACACGUCCUUUCUACCAGUCCAGAAUCUCCAUCUCCUCCCUGCGUUCACCUGCUGCCCUUGCUUCAGUCCGACAUGUUGCCCCACAAGCUUCUUUGCUCUCCUUGGGGUGCUCGUAGUGGCCAGCCUCGGCCUAGCCACACUGGCUGUGUACCUGAGUGAUCUGCACAACUCAGCUGGAGUUGGAGAAUGCGUGGUAAGGAAAGGCACGGCACAUCUCCUGAGCUGCAGGACGCACAACAGGACGCCCCUGAUUAUUUCUGCAAAUAUCUAUGCAGCUUGCAACUCUUGAACCUCCAGACAUAAGUUCUGUGCCCAUAAACCACUGCUGAUGAGGUCAUGUCGAUAGGAAUAUGGCUUUUUACCUACCACUUUAUGUUUAAUAUUUUCUCUCGAUUUAAAGCCAAAUAGGCCAACGUGGGCAUUUUCUGCUGACAACACUAUGAAAGUGAGGCAAUGUGUUUCAGAGAUCAAAAGAGCAAGGUACCAGGACAAAACACGUACUUUCCAUUAACUUUGCUUUGUGAUGAUGGUGUGUUAUGUCUCCAGUCUGGACAGCAAAGGUUUAAAGCUUUAUAUAUAUAUACACACACACACCCUUAUCCUAUUUGUGAUGACAAAAUCCCCAAAAAUACAUUGCAGAGAAGCCAAAUGGUGGGAAGCAAAAUGGUGAGCGGCAGUUCUUCAUACUGCCAGACUCCUCCAUUUGCUGAUUUCCUGGUACUCAAGUGCAGGGCUAGGAUUCUGUGCUAGGGAGCACUGCACAAACACAGACUAACUUUAGGCACAGAAUUAAACCUCCUAAGAAUAUGUAGAUGUAUGUGAAUGAAAGAGAGAGCACAAGCAUAGUAAAUAUUUAUACAGGAUCUGAUCCAAACUAAGUUAGUUUCACCUAAGCCGCACUGAAAUCAAUGGAAACAUAAUACAACUAGCUGGUCCAGAUCACUCCUAUUAUAUAUUAAACUGGACAUCAGACUUUACAGCUGCACAAAAGAGGAAGCACGUAGACCAUGCCUUGUAAAAGAGGGAUAGCAAGAAUUGCAGCUGUCAAAGUAAUGGGGCUCCUGUAUAGCUCCCCACCACCACCACAUAACAGACUUAAAUAAAUUAUGCAAUAUAUGCUCACAGAAUUCAGCUUUCUGAAGGCAGGAGGGCCCGCUGAGCAGGGCAAAGGACCACACACCAACUUUACACCAGCCAAAUAAGCCACAGGACCCUUCUCUUACAACAGGGGAACAUGCCCCACUAUGAGGAUGAGCUUUGCCAGAGUGGCCAGAGGACGGGCCCUUUCUUUGCCCUGAGGCUUUUGCUGGCUUUUCAUUCUGCCAUCAAAGAAGGAGAAGAAAAGAGAAGCAGCAGCCAUGCAAGUGCAGAGCAAAACUGAGCGUUAUAAUCAAGUGAGAGAACAGAAUUAAAGACAGUGAUGGGCAGGGCGUCAGAGAGAGGCUGCGAAAAAUAGCAGCUGCAUGAGCAGAGAAGAGGUACAGCCCCUUUCAUGGUGCUGUCAGCCCAGCCUUUAAUAAACAACCACACUGAUUUCUAGUGUACAUUUCAUUCAACCCAAACACAAAGUAUCUUCAACACCAGAGGGGAAGAACCCAAGGCACCAAACCUCAAGCCAGUACUUUUACCACCUCCAUCCUGGACAACUGCAGUCUUUAGCCUUACAACUAAGCCAGCCUCCUGCACUGGGUACUUCACUGGAAGUUCUCACGGCAGAAGGGGGUGGGAAGAUCUAGUCCUUGAUUUCACUGCGCACACUGCAACGGCAACUGCAGGAUGUGUUCAGCAUCAGAGACAGGGGGAAAGAUAGGGCUUUUUUAAAAAAAAGAAUAACUGGCUUUAAAAAGCAGAGGGGAGAAAAAAUAAGCCUCCCCACUACCCAACCUCGCUUAGAUUUU